AUGCGACCGUCCAUGAGAGCUAUGCAGGCGCUGCGCCAGGGGCUCUCGCGAAGCCACAGCACAAGCUUCAUCGGCCUAGGGAGGAUGGGGUAUCAGAUGGCCAACAACCUCUUCUCGAAGCAGUAUGCGCAGGACAACAACGCGCAGUUCGUAGUCUGCGAUGCGAACCCGGACGCUGCGAGCUCGUUCUGUGCGAGCUUCACGAGCACGUAUCCUAGCGCCGUCAUUUCGGUGGCUGAGACCCCUGAACAAGCGACGUUGUUGUCGAGUAGGAUUAUAACUAUGCUCCCGUCAUCGCCCCAGGUCAAGAGCGUGUAUUCCGGGUCGAUCAUACCGACUCUUGGAAAGUUGAAAGAAGCGAAAGAUACUCUGUGUAUCGAUUCUACUACUCUGGACGUGGACGUCGCGCGAGACGUAGCUGCACAAGUAUCUGCACUCGGUGCGCAGAUGGUGGACGCGCCGGUGUCUGGUGGUGUGACUGGGGCUACGGCUGGUACGUUGUCGUUUCUGGUAGGCGGCCCUCGGGAUACCUUUGAACUGGCGCUUCCUAUUUUAUCGUUCAUGGGCGCUCGUAUUAUCCACUGUGGGCCAUCUGGUGCAGGAUUGGCGGCCAAGAUCUGCAACAAUUUGGUCUUGGGCGUUGAGCAAAUAGUGGUGGCUGAGGCGAUGCUGUUGGGGCAAAAGCUGGGAUUGGACCCAGCUGUUCUCGCGUCUGUGAUCAACAGCAGCACGGGAGGGUGCUGGGCGUCGUCUGUCAACAAUCCUGUGCCGUCUUCGCUUCCUGGAAAAUCGCCACCCUGUGAGAGAGACUAUGAGGGAGGGUUUGCUACGGCUCUGAUGCUCAAGGAUAUGGGGCUGGCGAGUAACGUGGCUGAGAAGGAGGGAAGCCCUUUGCCGCUGGGUGAAGCUGCAAAGGAAAUUUAUUCAAAGAUUGUACAGGAAAAACCGGAGCUGUCUACAAAAGACUUUUCGUCUGUGUACAAGUACUUGAAAGAUCAGUAA